AUGGGUUUCGGUUAUAUAAUUGCGUCUACCAUUUAUCUUAUUUACAUGGGUCCAUUAGCCAUUCCAAAUUGCACGAGUAAAUUGAAUGCGCAUUUACGCAGCUUUCUGCUCGCCGAAGAACGCGAACGCCAAUUAUCCGCGAAUGCUGAUAUGAAUGAAAAUAAUUUAAUGAAAUGGGAUUGCAAUUUGGAAACGAUUGCUUAUCAAUAUGCUAAGCAGUGCCGCAUAAAAGCAAAUCCAAGAAAUGGAACACUCGCCUGGAAUACUUAUCUUCAUCAUUACAAAAAGACAUGUAAUUUGCAACAUAACACCCAAUACCGUGAAAUCAUUGGAUUAAGUAAUAAAGAUUGGAAGUAUGCCGCUGAAGUUGGUUGUUCAAUAAAUAUUUGCUUUAUUGUGGGCCUCAAAAUGAAGUUCACUACUUGCUUUUAUAAUCUUCGAUUACCAUUUACCGUUGCUUCCGUUCAAAAUUCGACGUUGGUAUCGGCAAUAACCUCUCUAUCAACGGAUUUAACAACAACACCUUUCAUAUUGCCAUUCAGCGGCCCGAUUAAAAUGAAUCGUUUAGUUAUUUAUGCUGAGCAAAAUAAGAAAACUAAAAAAUUUGCAGACUGUUCUGAUUCUGUAAUAUCAACUGGCAUUAAAGACAAAGUCACUAAUCAAUAUAAUUGGUUCAGAAAAUUAAUUAAAUAUGCUAUCUUGGAAGCUGGUGGAACAAUUUCAAACCAAACUAUCGACUUUGGAUUCGAGUGGAGUUGCUUCCUAGAACAAUCGGCGACGCAUCAGGCAAAACAAUGCUCACUUGCUCCGUUGAAAGAUUCUUUACUGUUUGGUGAAAGCCGCAAAAAUUUUUGGAAUAGCGAAAGAUCACUUAAUGGAUCAUUAAUACUCGAAGCAGUUGAAUCGUGGUGGAGGAGUGGGUCUUGGAAUAAUUAUAUUACGGAUUUUGAAGAUUUAACUCUCCAUGAAUUUUCAGAAGUCGACGACUUUUUUAUUCAGUUGACAAAUAUGGAACCAACUUAUAUUGGCUGUGGAAUUUCAUAUUGUCCCGUGCAUGCUGCUGGAUUUAAUCCGAUGCAGACAGUAGUGUGCCAGUAUUAUCCACGUGUGGUAGUGUGGAACGCACAGGAAAGCAUAGAUGGUUUAACAGCACCAUUAAACUUUUUAUUUCUUUUUAUAACAGCACCGAAAUCUUCCUUCUGUGACGAUCAUCAUCCACUCGGUCACUGA